UAUCAUUCGAACGGCCUCACGGAGCCGUCUCCUCCUGUCACCUCUGCGCCUGUCCACGAUGUCCCAGUCCCAUUCCGCGUUUCUGAAACCUCUUCCCGGCAUCCAUUUCUCUGACAUCUCAGUUCCCUUCGAUACACUCGACCACAUCCUCUGCGCGCUGCCGGACUUCGCCAGCCUUCACGCAGCGUCGGGUGUCUGCCGGGCGUGGGCGCAUGUUUUCAAAACGCGACGGGCUUCGAUCCUGCGUGCGGUUGCAGAGAACGUCGUGGGCGGAGAUGGGGGCGGGGUCGCGCUCGGAGCCGCAGUCAGGAGGGUGCGGUAUCCGGUGCCAGAGAAAGAGGAUAACAUGUGGGGACUCGAAGACGAGGAAGGCAGGGAAGGGAAUGAUGGGGAGGAUGAGGAUGAGGAAAAGACGGAAGACGAUACAGACGAGGACGAUGAAAUUGAUGUCAAUCACAACUUGAGGAAGAAGGCGGUGAUCCAGCCGCCAACGGAGAACGAUUCAAUCGGCCAACCACCUGUUCAACCCAUUUGCAGCAUGGCACGUAGCGUUCCUCGCUCUCUCUGGCCUAUUGUUCUGACCCUGUUCCUUAGGGUUGCGAAAGAAACAGCUGCGCCGCACAUCGUCCUACCCGGCGCCCAACGCUCGCGCUUCUACGCUUCGGUAUACCGCAUCAUGCUCUACCGCGAAGUUUUCAACCUCCCUGUCAACCUCGACGACAUCGACGCGAUGGAGGAAGAGCCGGCCUUCCUCGACCGCACGCGCAAGGAACGGCACGACUUCCUCGCAGCCUACACUACGUCUGAUCUCCUAGACAUGCGCGCUGUGCACGCUUUCAUGUAUGAUAUCAUUCGCGACGUGGUAGCGGAGGAGCAUGACUCUGGAGUCGAGGAAGAAUUCGAACGCUUGAAGGAUAUCUGCAUCGCCGCAGGCCCUGCUGCUGUUUUGAAAGCUCACCAGGAUCUGGCGCUGGCCCCGUUCGAAGAGGCACACGAGGUCGAGGUGCUCUCGUCAGGAGAGAAUAAUGCCUUCUUCGGCGGAUUUAUCACAGCUCCUUUGACAGCAAUCUUGCGUGACGAAAGACAUGUCCCGAACUCAGCCGUACCGUGGGAGACAUUCGAGGGAACUCUCUCCGCCGAAGACGAUUUCUGCUCUCAAUGCAAAGUCGUCGCUCCCCUCUGGAGCAGUAAAAAUUGGCACCGCCUCAUCGCAGUGGACCUUUUGGCGUUGCUCCCGGGGAAGCUAAACGAGAACGACCUCGAAGCCGAAGCGAUUCUACAGAUCCUCAUGCAUGACAAGGCUCACUCGCGCGUCGACGCACGCACGCUUGUCGCAGAGAUAUUCGACCUCGAUGAGCGGAAGAAGCAUGCGGACCAGUGUAUCUGUCUCGACUGCUUGCAUUCGAUCGUCGGGAAGUAUCUCGUUGGGUGGGUGUAUCAGCGGAAAGUCCUGGGUGGAUGGACGCCGACGGGGAACUGCUGGUACGGCUGGAACUGCAAAACACAAGUGCACAAAAGAGACCAUGCGCGGAAAAUGAAUGUUCCACCUGUGCGCGCCGUCUCGGUGAAAAUCGUCAUGAUAUAAUUAUCAACAUCGGACUCCCGAUUGGACAUUUCCCCCUUUUCCUUGAUGACUGACUGGUUGGGCUAAGCAAUUCUCAAGUGCAGAAUUUUGUAGGCAUUGUGUUCUAUUUGUAUUUGGUAAAAUGGAUGACGAGCGUUGAGCUUCUUGGCGAAGCUGUUCACGGCGGUCGAG